GUGAGCAAGGUUCCUUGUUCAAGACACAUGUAACGUCAUUAGCACGGAGUAAUGAGUUGGAUUCUGUUUCCACAUGCAAAAGUGAUUGCUUUUGACAAACACUCUUUAUCUGCCUUCCCAAUGAAAAGUAGUUCGAAAAUUCAAACGUAUAUAUUUUAAGGAAAGGAGAUGUAUGUUUCUGGACGAUGCACAAUGCUGCCUUGUUGACAGCAUGACCGAGCGGCGAAGAUUACUGUUUGAGUUGAGACGGUGCUCCUCCCUCCGUGGUUUAGCCAGUUCAAGUCACGGGCCUGAUAGACCGGUGCCGCGCGGCUCAUCAUACUCGAAUCUGCCAAAUGCCAUUAAUAUCAUGCUCUUUUGUGCUGCGGAAAACAUGAAAAUCAGUCGGACUUUAUGAAGGAUCUCUAUUGAUUGGCUUACUACUUUUUUUCAUGAAAGUACUUCUUUGUUUGGGCUACUAGGCGACUGCCUGGUCAAACACGAGGUAGAUUGAGGCACCUCCGCAGGGUUGGAUCUCCCACUUGUUGACAGCUACAGAGAAAGUCGAUAUUUUUUGUCGCAGCUGCAGAGAAUGUGAAGCUGUUGCCAUGUCAAUAUCCUCUCUACAAGUGUUCUCUAUGGAACCGUUCCUAAAUGGAACAUUCACAGCAGAAGGUUCCUCCUCUGGACCAUACACAGAACCCCACUCGGAGGACAACCUCAUCGCCUUGGGCGACAACAAUGUCUCAGGGUCAGACUGCACCUAUAAGGAGGAUUUUAAGCGCUUCCUACUUCCUGCCAUCUACAGUGUGGUCUUCCUGAUUGGUCUGCCUCUGAAUGGAGUGGUCAUCCUGAAGAUCUGGAGGUCACGACCCAACCUGACCCGGAGCAACGUCUACAUGCUCAACCUGGCCACGGCUGACUUCCUGUAUGUGAUGUCACUACCUCUGCUCAUCUACAACUACGCCAGUCAUGACUACUGGCCCUUUGGAGAGCUGGCCUGCAAACUGGUCCGCUUUCAGUUCUACAGUAACCUGCAUGGCAGUAUCCUGUUCCUGACCUGUAUCAGCCUCCAGCGCUACGUGGGCAUCUGCCACCCUAUGGCCGGCUGGCACAAGCAGGGGGGUCGCAGGCUGGCAUGGGUGGUCUGUGGGGGAGUGUGGCUGGUGGUCGCCGUCCUCUGUGCCCCCACGUUCCACUACGCCUCCACAGGAACACAACGCAACCGCACCGUCUGUUACGACCUGAGUCCACCGGAGCACUCGGCUGACUACUACCCCUAUGGGAUGGCUCUGACCUGCCUGGGCUUCCUGUUGCCUUUUAUGGGCAUCGUGGCGUGCUACUGUCGCAUGGGUCACCUCCUCUGCCGCCCGCCGUCCUAUCAGGGUGUUAACAUGGCCGCCUCAAUGGAGAAACGGGACAAGGCGGUGAAGAUGAUAAUCAUUGUGGUGACGGUGUUCGCUGUGAGCUUCCUGCCAUUCCACCUUACUAAAACCAUGUACCUGUUGGUACGAACCUUACCAGAUGCUCCGUGUGCGACACGGAACCUGUUCUCGGUGAUCUACAAGUGCACCAGGCCGUUCGCCAGCAUGAACAGCGUUCUAGAUCCUAUACUGUUCUAUUUCACACAGCCGCGGUUCCGCAGGAGCACCAGAAUACUGGUCACCAAGAUCACCACUCUCAGAGACCGGGAACCAAGAUGUGAGAAAGUGAAAAACCUAACCAAGAACCCUUGAUUAUUUAGAAUCCAUGUUUAACUCGAAACUCAUUCAAUGGUAAACUCACUUUGAAACAAAAUAACUAAGGUGUGUGUGUGUGUGUGUGUGUGUGAGAUACAUCCAUAGUCCACAGUUGUAUUACACCUAGAUACAUGGGUUUCGGGUACUUAGAACCCAUCCAGAACCCUCAUUGACUUCUGCUCUGCCGGCAUGGGAACAAGCCAGUGUGUUUGCUAAAAUGCAUGAAGUAGUCAGCCACAACACUGUGUUUGGUUGCCAUAGUAUUAUGUAAUGCAUCCUGUAUGUCUGUUUACUAUAUGAGCCACUAGGUGGCGUGUGUUACCUACAUGUCCCAUGGCCUUAAAGGAAUAAUCCACCCCAAACCACAAAUUCCUAUAAUUAACAGUGUAUAACACUAAUAUAAGAAAACAUUAUACACUGCUCAAAGAAAUAAAGGGAACACUAAAAUAACACAUCCUAGAUCUGAAUGAAUGAAAUAUUCUUAUUAAAUACUUUUUUCUUUACAUAGUUGAAUGUGCUGACAACAAAAU